AGUAAGGAGAUACAGUCUGAGUACUAACAGUGAAGAUUAUGUUGGUAGUUUUUCCUUUUUAAAACACUUAAUGAAUCUAAAUAUAUUUAGCAAGCAGUUGCUGUCACUUCCUGAUUCAAAGUGUGAGAUGUCUGGUGUUUAAAACAGCAGAGAAGUGAAACAGAUGAGCAGUCGUAUCUGAAACCAUCGGAAGUACUAAAAAAGAUUUAUAUGGCGCCGUGUAAAAGUUAAACAUUUCAAAGCAUAUAGUCACCUGAGUAUCUGUAACAACAGGAAAACAGAAUCUUUGCGAAUCUUCUUGUCAGAGGCCAGCAGAGCAGAGUGCAGAUGAGCUGCAUUAUGAAGUAUAAAUCCAGUGGUGGGAUGGGACUGUAAUUCACAACCUUCUGGCGUUGAACAGAAUACACUGUGGAGUAAGCUUUGCUGACUUUCUAAAGAGUUUCAGAAGCAUUCACUCUCUAACACAUUUGGCAUGAAUGGAGAGAAGAUGUGGCUGUCUUAGCCUUCGAAUUGUAAAACUUUCUUUUACUGGGUAUGUUUUGCAAAACUGACGAAAGAAAAUGAGCUUGGUAGAGCCUGAUGAGUACCGAAUUGCAGCGCUUGUGUUUUACAGUUUUGUAUUUUCCAUUGGACUUAUUGUUAAUGCGACUGCUCUAUGGGUUUUCAGCUGUACUACAAAGAAACGAACCUCAGUGACUGUUUACAUGAUGAAUGUGGCUUUAAUUGAUCUCCUUUUUAUAUUGCUUAUGCCAUUUCGACUGAUUUACUAUGGAAAGAAUUCUUGGCCCUUUGGAGAUAUUUUCUGUCGCAUAAACAGCGCCUUUUCAGUGUUUUAUCCAUGCACUUCCCUUUGGCUAUUUGCUGUCAUUAGCACUGAUAGAUACAUGGCGAUUGUUCAGCCUAAACAUGCCAAAGAACUGAAGAAUAUAAGCAAAGCUGUGAUGUCCUGUAUUGCCAUUUGGGUUAUAUCUAGUGGAUGGACAAUCCCAGUGCUGUUUUUGAACAGUGAUCCUGAUAAAAACUCCAACUUCACCACCUGCCUGAAAAUGCAUGACAUUACCCAUCUUAAAGAAAUAAACUUACUCAACUAUGCCCGCCUAAUACUCUUCUUCCUUGUUCCCAUGACUAUCAUGAUUGUGUGCUAUGUUGUGAUAAUCCACAGUCUAAUCCAUGGCAAGAAUUCAAAACUGAAGCCCAAAGUUAAGGAAAAGUCGAUAAAAAUCAUUGUGACUUUAAUCAUCCAGAUACUUUUCUGUUUUGUUCCUUUCCAUGUUUGUUUUACUUUCCUGCUGCUCUAUAAUACUCAGCAGUUUUACAACCCCUGGGCAGCUUUUACCACAAUGCUGAUGAACCUCAGUACCUGCUUGGAUAUAAUCUUGUACUAUAUUGUAUCCAAGCAGUUCCAGGACCGAGUGAUAAGUGUCAUUCUCUACCGCAACUAUCUACGAAGUGUGCGAAGGAAAAGUUUAUACUCUGCCAGCCAGCGGUCACUCAGCAACAUAAACAGUGCAAUUAUAUGAACCUCUAUAUAUGCUAGAUAAAUGAAUUGAACUGCAAACUGUUAAUGGCCUGUAAAUAAUGCGCACUGAUGAUUCUACUGCUAUGUGCACAUGGUAGGCCAUAAAGUGAAUUAUGUAAUUCACUACUGUGUGAUGAAUUAACAAAAAAAUAAAGACUGGGUUAAAACUGGGGUUUGUACUAAAUACUAUGUUAAGUACUUGAAAUCAUCAUAAAAUUGUGUU